AUGAGUUCCCCCUCGGACAUCCCCCAGACUCAGGCGAUGAACAACGCCGUGAUUUCCGGCUCACCGAACGAUCACCAUCAUUUCCUUGUCCCCAGCCCGGUGCCCACUCGCAGGAAUAGGACUUUCUCUCAGUCAGAAAGGGCUAAAGUUGGACCAGUCUACAAAGGGAAAGUAAAAGAUUUUUGUAGACAAAAAGGACAUGGCUUUAUUAUACCAGAUGAAACAAAACAGCCCAUCUUUGUUCAUAUUUCUGAUAUUGAAGGAGAGUAUGUCCCCAAGCCUGGUGAUGAAGUUACCUUCAAGGAGAUCUUGAUACCCCCCAAGAUGGAGAAGAAGCAAGCAGUGCAUGUCAAAAUUACUCACCUUGCACCAGGCGUCUCGCACGAGAAAUGGGAUAGCAGUCCAGAUUUGGAGGCCCACCCCAAGUAAACCAUAGGCUCCACAGCUAUUCUCCGGCACUGAAUGUGACAUCACUACAUCAUUUGCAGCAUUUACUGAAUGCAUUGGAACAGUAAUUACUCCUAAUGUGCACCUUGCUAGCCAACGCAUGUUGUUUUUUUUAAAGAAUUUUCGGUCCAUUUUAUUUUUUUCUUUUUCAUUGUACAGUUAUAUCAAUGUUUCAAGAUUUGUUGUUACUCUUGUUCUUUAAGUAUGUACAGCAUUCUCUUUAUCUUUGCGUUGUGCCAUAGUAAACUUUGUUAUUAAAAAUGCAAAUUGUGCUCUUUGAUCAUUGGAAUUAUUGAAAGUUUCCUUUUGCAAUAUUUUUUUUCUGAACUUUCAUCUUGUGACAUUUCUUUUUUGGGCAUAGUUUUGGUUGAUAAAAAUUAAUCUGAAAAUGUACAUAUAUGGGAUAUUAUAUACUUGUAUGUUUAAUAGUAAAUUAGUGCUACAGCUAUGAUUUAAAGACCGCCGCCUUUCAUUAACCAUACUUUGAAUAAUCAUUCUUGAGCAGAAGAACCCUGUUCAAAAUAAUCCACCUUGUUGUCAAUGAAAUAGAUCAACCUGGUAUAUUUCUGUAGAUGGUUAGUACCGAACAAACAGGAAAUAAAAAAGUAAAAAUAGAUUUUUAUUAUAAGUUGUCAAUAUCUACAUGUUUGUACCUUAAAAAUGCAAUAAACUAUAUAGCGGUAAAUGCCAACUUGAAUUUGUUAAUUUUAUUUCAGAAUUUAUUUUUCAAAUACAUAAACAUUGGUACUGUGCCUUUUACUUAAUUAUAUUAAUAAAAUUAAAUGCACCAUGCUUUUAGGCUUUUCUCCCAUUUUUUUGUGUCUAACAGGUUACUAGUAUACAUUUUAUUUGAAUCUUUAAUGUGAUAUAAGGAAGAAUGUCAAAAGUCUGUUAAUAUUCAUAAAUAACAGAAAGUACUGGUAUAUUUUUCUUUCCAGUUCUUGUGACAAAAUUUUUAUUCUUCCAACUUUAAAUCUAUCAAAUUGUUUUGGUAUAUACUAAUAGGUUGUUUUAUACAAGUAUAUCUUAGAAAUUAUUGAUUUCAGCUAGCAUUGUAAGAUGAAAUAAUCUACCCAGGGUAUCAUUGUAAUUACCAAGAUUAUGAUCGAUGAUGUGCACUGUACAGAAUAUAAAGCAUUAAAAGAAAAAAUAUACCGACAUCUGUAAAACACACACUCUUUUUAUUUAUUGAUCAUUGCAAAGUUUCAUUCAGAAUUCAAAAAAAAAAAUAUUGUAGCAAAGCUUGUAACCUCAGAUAUUCCUAUUAACCACCGUCUCUAUGUAACUCAUUUGAAAUGAACAUUUUUAUUAAAAUUUGAAUGAGAUUGAAAUCUGUUUUAGGACCUGAUUAUAGAUGAUUUGUUUGUCAUGUGAAGAAAAUGUGGCACUUGCAAAACUUGAUUAGUAAUAUAUUAGUAUGGAUUUUGAAUUUAAAUUUUUGGAAAGAAGUUACUAUUGUAGAGAGUAGCUACAUGUACAUACUGGUAUUUUUAGUGAAACGUUAUGUGCUGGAGUACAUCAAAAGAGAGAGAGAGAGAGAGAUGUUGAAUGAACAAGCAUUGUAGUGUUUGUUUUUCUACAUACAUAUAUGAUGUAGUGAUUUAAAUAUUAUCAUGUGUUGUUCCUGUUUUCCUGUUCUUAUUAUUAUAUCAUUCACAAUCUUGAAAAUUAAAACUCAGUAAUACAGAAAGAAAUUUCUUGGUAGAUUUGUUCAAAUGACACAGGCUUUGUAUACUAGCUGACCCAGUUGAAAUCAAUGAUUUUCAAACUGAGAAGUGCUCACAAGAAAAUUUUUAUUUGGUGCAUUAACUUUUUACAUGUAAUAAGAUUAUUCACUUAGCCCUUAAUUAAUUUAUUUACUGAAUUAUUUUUCAUUUAUAGAUCACCCAAAAGCCUUGAGAAUGUCUGAAGAGCAUUUGAAUAGUUCAUAUCUAGUAUUUGAAAAGAUUCUCACAUCUAGAUUUUUUUCUUUGACCAGAAAGAUUUGUGCCAUAUAGUGUAAGAUAUUGGAUAAUGUUUACAAUUAUGUACUAGAUAAGAACUAUGUGAAAUUAAGGGGGAAAUUGUAAACUUAAUUAUUAAUUUUUUGAUUGAUGAAGGGAAAAAAGGGAGGGGGCACUCUCGGCUACAAGAAUGUAGACUGAGGCGAAAAAUGAAACACUGAUCAAUUCUGAAUAUGUAUGUAUUUUUGUAUACCAUGUAUUUUUUUUUUACAUAAUUUGUUUUGGGAAGAAACAGUCUGACAUACAGGUAUUCUUGUAAUUUAGCUAAAAGUCAUCAUUAAAUAACAUAAGCAGUGAACCAUUUGUACAUUACAAUGUUUUUAAUGCCUUUUAAGUCUGAUCUAAAUAAUCUUAACAUUCUUUGAGCAUACUAAGUACGUCAGAUACAAGCAAAAAUUUGUUAAAAGGGUAAUCUUCUAAAAUAAAGUUUGCUUGCCCUUGCCUGACUCAGGAAUAAAAUGGGUAUGUAAGUAGGGGAAAACAGUUUUUAAAAUCAGAAAUUAAAAUAAUUUUAUAUAAAAUUAAAAUGAUAGCCUAACCAAUUGGGUGAAUAAACUAUGGAAUGAAUUUAAUGAAAAUGUUUACUGGAGGUUAAAAAAAAAUGACGGGGCCGCCUUUACAUGUAGUCAUUCGGUCGGGAGAGGGCAAACAAACAUGUACAGAAAUGCAACUUCAAAUUGCGACAGUGAAUUAUAUUUUUCCUGUUGUGUUUUUUUUUCUUCUUUAUGUAGAUAAAUAUUUAGAGUGAAACUAAAAAAAGUUAUGUAAAGAGUGGGGGUGUUGUAAAAUUUGGUUCAAAUGUGUAUUAUAUAUGCAUAAUUUAAAUAAAACCAUAAUGUACGUUGCUCGUAGCAUUCUGUUGUAGGUUCUGUCUUAGAAACAAAUAAACCAUAGCAAGAAA